AUGUUUGAUAAAAGUAUACAGAUAAAAGUAGAAAAAGAGGAUAAAGAUAAAUACUUGAUGUUUUAUGAUGGAACAAUCGAAUACAUGUCAGCAACAGCAACAGGAGGUAGAUCUACAAGAAUGUUAAUGAACAAAAUAAUAGAUUUUGUAAAGAAUGAGAUGAAAAAUAAUGAUCCAUCACAUGACUUUAAACAUGUAGAGAGAGUAGUAGAUUUAACAAGACAGAUUGCCAAGAGUGAAAACUAUCAAGGAGAUAUGGAGUUGUUAGAGGUGGCUGCUUAUUUGCACGAUGUUAACGAUUGGAAGUACUCGGGUAGUGAAACGGCUGGUGUCGAGGCUGCUCGUUUAUUCCUCGCCGAUCAAUCCUAUCCAGAGGACAAGAUUGAAAAGGUGUGUCAAAUCAUCCAAGACAUUUCAUUCAAGAAUGAAUUGGGCAACACAUCAAUGAAGAGUAUCCCCAUUGAAUCAAUGAUCGUCCAAGAUGCUGAUAGAUUGGAUGCUAUGGGUGCUGUUGGUGUAGCAAGAACCUUUUCAUAUGGUGCAUUGAAAAAGAAUACAUUCUACGAGGAGGAGACAUUCCAGAGAACCAUAGGUGACAAGACACUCACCAAAGACGAAUACAUGAAGACUAGCAGAGCAGGUUCCUCAACGUUGGACCAUUUCUACGAUAAAUUAUUUAUUUUAAAGGAUCGUAUCAAAACUCAGACCGGUAAAAGAAUGGCACAAGAACGUCACCAAUUUAUAUGGAUAGAGAGAGAAAGAGAUAAACAAAACAAUGAAUAUUAA